AUGAGUGUCCUGCCGUUGCUCUCGGUGGCCUUGUCCUUCCUCCUCACCCUUCUAUUCCUCGUUUCCUAUUGGAGAAAGCCGAAGAAAUAUAAGUCUUUACCUCCAGGACCGUCCCCGAUUCCUUUCCUGGGGACCCCCAAAUAUGUCGGUGACAGGGCUGGCUGCAAAUACUUUCCAGAGCUCUGCAGGCAGUACGGCCCGAUAUUCACCAUCUGGAAGUUCACCGACCCCGUGGUGGUCCUCUGCGGGUACGACGUGGUGAAGGACGCUCUUCUGAAUCACGGGGAUCAGUUCAGCGGCAGACCGCCCGCUCCAGUGAUCGAUUACUACUCCGAGGGAUACAGUUUUCCCAGCCUGUCAGGCGAACGAUGGCGUCAGCUGCGCCGGUUCACCAUAACGUCACUGCGCAAUUUCGGGAUGGGGAAGAAAACGAUGGAGGAGCGAGUGCUGGAGGAAUCCCAGAGUCUGAUCGAGGCCGUGACCCAGACAGGAGGAAAGGCGUUCAGCGCCCUCAACGUCCUGGGCUGCGCGGUGGGGAACAUCACCAGCUACGCUCUAUUGGGGGAACACUUUGAUUACAAGGACCCGAAGUUACAGGAACUGAUUAUCACCACCAGGAAGUUCAUAUUCAACACCCACUCACCGCUGCACGAGCUGGGGAACACCUUCCCGAUUCUCCUGAACGUGCCGAUCCUGAAGCAGAAAAUCUUCAAGGAGAGUUCGGAACUCAAAGCCUUCGUCCAUAAGUACAUCGAGCAGCACCGGCACAGCGUGAACCUGGCCGCCCCCCGAGAUUUUAUAGAUUACUUCUUCAUCAGGAUCAAAGAGGAGAAGAGACCUACAGGGGGUAAUUUCAGUGAGACCAGCCUCCUGAUGACUCUCAUCGCCCUGCUCGCUGCCGGCACUGAGACCACAACCUCAACGCUGAACUUUGCCCUGGUGUUGAUCAGCAAUUACCCCGAUGUACAAGCCAAGGUCCAGCAGGAGCUCGAUGAGGUGACGGAGUCCCAACGCCAGGCCGGGAUCGUGGACCGGGCACAGAUGCCGUACACCAAUGCCGUGGUCCAUGAGAUACAGAGAGUCCUAGACUUGGCACCAUUGGCUCAUUAUCAUGCUGUGACGGAGGACACCCAGUUCCGGGGGUACACUCUACCCAAGGGGACCACGGUGAUCCCGUUCAUCUCUUCGGUGCUGUCAGACCCCAGCCAAUGGGAGACCCCCCACGAGUUCAACCCGGGGCAUUUCCUGGAUGAGAAGGGGCAAUUCCGCACAAAGACGGCAUUCAUGGCUUUCUCUGCGGGGAAACGUGUUUGCGCCGGAGAGAACUUGGCCCGCAUGGAACUCUUCCUCCUCUUCUGCGCUCUGCUCCAGAAAUUCAACAUCACGCGGGCGCCGGGGGCGGAGCCUCAGGACUGUAGAACGCUGAAGCAGAACAAGAUCAAGAAUCUGUUUUUCACUCAUGUGUGCGCGACGCCGCGCUCCCAGAAAUCCUAG